UUGUUAUUUAGAUAUCACUUAAUAUUUAAAAUAUAAUUUUGAUUAGAUAUUUAAUUGUUUGUACAAAAUUGAAGUAAUGAUGACCAGAAAGAUGGUCAUUGAUUUAUAUUUUGUAGGUCCCAGUCCUCCUUGUAGGGCAGUCAUGAUGGCCGCUAAGCACCUUAACAUUAAUUUAAAUCCAAAAUAUGUUGACCUUAUGAAAGGCGAACAAAAGGAGGAAUGGUUUCUGAAACUUAAUCCUCAACACUGUUUGCCAACUAUUUGCGAUAAUGGAUAUGUGCUGUGGGAAAGCCGUGCAAUUAUGUGCUAUUUGGCCAACAAGUAUGCGCCCAACUCUAGUCUCUAUCCGAGUGAUCCCCAGAAACGUGCAGAAGUGGAUAGGAUAUUACAGUGGGAUUUGGGAACUAUUUAUCGGACAAUUGGCGAAUACUUAGCACCCAUUUUAAGAGACACCAAGAAUCCAAAUGACUUGGACCCUGAAAAAGGCAAGAAAAUCAGAGAAGCCCUACAAAUCAUGGAUCAAAUGCUUAACAAUCAACCAUUUUUGGCCGGAAAUGAGAUAACGUUAGCCGAUCUAUCAGUAUUGGCCAGUCUAUCAUUAGCUGAAGUGUUUGACUAUGAUUUGAUCGGCGAAUACAAGAAUGUCAAACGUUGGAGUGAUGGUCUCAAACGAGAUCUGCCAUAUUAUGAUGAGAUCAACAAAGAGCCCAUCGGUAUGUUUCGGGCGCAUAUAAAGUCAAAGGUUACUGAUCUUAACGGUCAACAAAACACGGGUAAUCAUUAAUAAGAUCACUCAUCAAAAACGGUAUUAAAAGUUUUUAUUAUAUGACAUUAGUUGUAUCAUUAUUUUUACUUAUAAUUGUUUACUGAAUACAAUAGUAAAUUUAUGAGCCGUUCUUUGAUUGUUAAUAAAUUAAUAUUCAAUUAAUAAAAUGUGAAUUUUUAAUGAAUAAAAUGAC